GUUGCCAUCAGUAAGAAUGGUUCGACGAUGCGUUGUGUCUGGGUGUUCCAAUACAGCAAAUGACGAACUAAACAUCAGCAUCCAUAGCUUUCCCACAGAUGUCAAGCGUCAGCGCACAUGGGAGAAAAACGUGCAGAACACAAGGGCCAAAUGGUCUGUGAAGAACCCCCGAACGACCUACAUAUGCAGUGCCCACUUUCUGCCCGAUGAUUUCGAGGAAGGGCCUAUAUGGAUGGUUGGAAGUGGGAUAGAUGUAACGCGAAAACGGAUUCUGAAGCCGUCAGCAGUGCCUACUCUCUUUCCCACGCCGUCGCAAAUCCAUCAAGGCACCGGAGACUUUGCCACCGCCACCCCCCCAGCAAAACGCCACAGAAGUGCCUACUUCGAGAAACGAGAGAAAACUCAGGUUUUGGAUUCUCAUUUUCCAAAAUAA